UGCAGUAGGGGAAACGGGUACCUGCAUGUAAACAGUAGCACCUGUAUUUUAGUCAAAGGUGACGGAAAGCAGGUAACCGUCUGUUGCUUUAGUUAACUGUUCGUUUAACUGUCCUUGGAAUUCGGAGAAAUGACUGUUAUGAUGAAAGAACAAUGAACAUGAUAUGUUCGUGUGUAACGAACGACGCUAAAAAAUGGCCGCUAUGUCACACUGCAACGAAAACAUAUUUUAUAGUUUGAGAUAUCUGCACCAAGGAUUAACAACAUAACUAGACCCAUUUGAUACCAAUAGCAUUAUUUGCAUAUAUUUCUUCAACCGGUAAUUAGUGUUUACUAAUGUUAUGAGAGUUACGCGACGAAGGUUGGAAGCAGACGAAUAAUUGAUUGUGAUAGAGAUAACUGGCAGAGUUCCAAGUCUACACGACAAAGACUUUGUCAGUAUGUCAUACAAGAAGAAGGAAUCGUCCAAAAAGACACCUAAGGUCCUAGCCAAUCGAUAUGAAAUAGUGAAGAAACUUGGGAAGGGUAACUUUGGCACAGCUUAUCUAUGCAAAGAUCUGAGAUCCAAAAAUCCUGAAACAGAUGAAUAUGAUUUAAAAGUUUUGAAGGAGAUUUCAGUGGGAGAAUUACAACCAGAUGAAACAGUUGAUGCAGUUCGAGAGGCCAGAGUUCUCUCGAAACUUGAUCAUCCUAGCAUUGUCAAGUUUCAUGAUAGUUUCAUAGAUGGAGAAUCAUUUUGCAUUGUUACAGAGUUUUGUGAGGGAGGUGAUUUAGACUGUAAAAUUAAUGAAUGUGUGAAGAACAAACAGGAGAUAGAUUCUAAGUUGAUAAUGGACUGGUUUGUGCAGCUUCUGUUGGCUGUUCAUUACAUGCAUCAAAGGCGGGUCCUACAUAGAGAUCUUAAAACCAGAAAUAUAUUUCUACGACAAAAUAUGAUAAAAGUAGGAGAUUUUGGAAUAUCCAGAAUACUAAUGGGAACCACAGAUUUAGCCUCAACCUUCACUGGAACUCCAUAUUAUAUGAGUCCGGAAGUACUGAAACAUGAAGGAUAUAACUCUAAAUCAGAUAUUUGGUCAAUAGGCUGUAUUUUGUAUGAGAUGUGUACCUUGACCCAUGCUUUUGAUGGAAAGAGUUUAAUGGCAGUCAUGUACAAAAUAGUAGAGGGAGAGGUCCCUAAACUACCUGAGAAGUUCUCUUCUGAGCUCAACAAUGUAUUAAAGCUAAUGUUGUCCAAAGAUCCAGACAAAAGGCCAUCAGCAACAGAUUUACUUAAAAUUCCAUUGAUUAAAAACCACAUCGCAAAACUUUCAAAAGAAUUCCAUGCCAAAAGUCUAGAGAACAGUAGCAGAGAUGCUGAGGACAUUGCUAAAUUACUCAAAGAGAAGUCCUACUUAAGUGACUUGAAGUCUACCGAGGAGGAAGUCAAGUACAAGAACCUGCCUCCUCGGGAGAGAAUGAGGUUAAGGAAGCUCCAGCAAGCCGACGAGGAAGCCAAACGACUCAGAGAAGUAGCAAAAGUGCAAUUAAAAGAAAAUCAGGAAAGAAACUCAAGAAUCCAGAGCACCCUCCACAAGUCCAGUGUACCUGCUUGGGCUGGAGGUUCGGGGGAAGGAGAGAGGUUCAAGCAAGCUUUAACGGUCAAAGGACGCCCCGCUAUAGCGGCUGAAGGUCAGCAGAGUCGGUUUGGUUCCCGCACUGCACCCAGAUAUCAUGGAGAUGAAGAGAUAGUUUUGUAUCACGAAGAGGAAGAAGAAAGUGAUGAUGAUGGUGACAUUAUAAUGCCCCUCUACAAAACACUGACUGCCCCCCGCUCAGCCUCUCUCAGUAGUCACGAUGAACGACCUAUAACCCCUCUCAAAGAUAAAAUGAUUUAUGACAUCCGAAACUCUUCACUAGAUUUUAAAGAUGGAAUUCCAGAUAACCCUGAACUGGCUGAUACCUACUACUCCCAGUUUGAGAAUGAUUUUUCUGGUGAUGAAUCAGACUCCGAUGAAGCCGGUGACACCGUCAUAGAGAGAACAGUCAAACCCAAGAAGUCACCCGUUAAGUCUGUCAGCAAUUCCAAGGCAUCCUCUAAUUUGGGUACACUAGUGGAUGAUGAGGACCAGCUAUACAACAUCAUGCAGGAUGUGUUGGCCAAAGGAGAUGAUGCAGAGUCCACCAUGUCCCUGGCCGAUGACAGAGAGGCGGGUGCAUUUGGACCUGUAGUCAGGGAUCAGAAAAUUAAAAACCUCACCAAAGAAUGCAAGAGGAUUUUAGGAGAGGAGGCGUUUCAGAAGGCCUACGAUUAUCUGAAACAGGCACGCUACUUAAAGACAUCAUCAGUGGACUCUGAGGAGACCAUUAUGCAGGGACUCAGGGAAUUCGUAAAAAAUCCCAGUGACUGCUUUCUUGUGGACCAGCUUUUAUUUCUAGAAGAACAGGCUAAAAUUCCAUUCUGAUGUCUUAAUAAUGGAAGAAAACCUGUGAAUUUUUACCUGUCUCUUUUUUAUAUUGGACAUGCUUUUGUGGUAACAUGUGAAUUCUGUUGUUUUUACAAAAUGCUAUUUGAACCGUCCAUAAAAGAGCCCUCCAAGUAUUGAUGACCUUGAACUUUGACCUUUUAGAUGCUGUUUUACCUUUUGACCUCUGGUUAAGGCCGUCCAAUGAAACACUUGUUAGUGUUACAAAGUGCUUCAGAGUAAUACCAUACUAUUCCUGCAGUCUGUGAUAAAACAAUAUUCAUAAUUUUUGUCAGAUUGCCACUUGCCAUACAAAAAGCAUUCCAUUCAUGUUGUGUAACAGUGUGUCAGGUCUUGGUUUAUCUUUGUACCAAAAGUAUUACUUGUAUACAGGGUGUUUCAUGAGUUGUGAUGCUAGAGUGUGCUGAGUUCUUACUACUGCAUAAUGUCAAUCUGCUGUAUACCAUUCCUGUAUACCAUUCCUUGGUCCUGGCAUUUUAUUAUGACCAAAACAAACCAUCAUAUGCCAUACAUGUAUAUCAUUUCAUUCAUCACAGGAAUUGUCCAUGUUAUUUAUGCUGUACUCAAAGUAUUCUAUGAUUUUAUUUUAUUUUUAUUUUAGAUAUUUAAUUUAAUAAUAGAAAUACUUUAAUAUAGGCAAGACUUUGCCUUUUCCUCCUUCAAGGUGUAAAUCAUUUGUAACCAUACCACUUCCUAUCGUCUACGUUUUGUGUUCAUUUCAUUUACCAUGCAAUACUGUCUUGACUUACCCAGUGUAAUCCUUUGUUCAAUCAAAACAUGGCACCCAUCCAGGUGCAGAUCAUAAAAAAAGAUGCUUUUUUUUUUAAUAUAAUAAAGUCUUGAAUAGA